AACAAAGGAACAUGUUCAUUGGCUCUUAAAGGCCUUGUUCAAAGGAGAGGAAUAAGUGGGAAGGUUUGGUGUGCUUCAGAAAUUAAUAAAAAUGUGUGUUGAAAAUUUGAAUUCUACUGAAUACUGUUUGUAAAACAACACAAUAUUUUGAAGUUAGUGUUCAAAAUUAUGAGGCAAGCAGAUAAUCAAAACUGAUUUACAAAUAACCAAAACCAACAGUGAACAAGAAACUCCAAGAUGUCUGCUUUAUGGUGGAUAUCUAAGCUGGCGGGAGUGAUUAUUGCCUCACAUUAUGGAUGCAUAGAAGCUAAUGUCUUAAGAUAUGAUCCAAAAUGGGAAAGUUUGGACUCUAGGCCUUUGCCCCAGUGGUAUGACAAUUCAAAGUUUGGGAUCUUCAUACACUGGGGAGUUUUUUCUGUGCCAAGCUUCGGUUCUGAGUGGUUCUGGAGCAGCUGGGAAGAUAAGAAGUUAUCACAAUAUGUGGACUUUAUGAAGAAGAAUUAUCCUCCAGGUUUCACUUACCAAGACUUUGCAAGUGACUUCACGGCAGAGUUCUACAACCCUGAUGAUUGGGCAGAAAUAUUUCAGAGCUCUGGGGCAAGGUAUAUUGUGUUAACCAGUAAACAUCAUGAAGGCUACACUCUGUGGCCAUCCAAGACAGCCUUCAGUUGGAAUGCUGUGGAUGUAGGUCCACACAGGGACUUAUUGGGAGAACUGUCCAACUCUAUUCGAAAAAAGACGGACCUCAAGUUUGGACUGUAUCACUCUUUGUAUGAGUGGUUCAACCCACUGUAUCUGCACGAUAAGAACAACAAUUUCACUACACAACUAUUUGUGAAACAGAAAACCAUUCCUGAGUUGUACGAAUUGGUGGAAAACUACUAUCCAGAAGUGAUAUGGUCAGAUGGUGAAUGGGAAGCAACAGACGAAUACUGGACAUCAAAGGAAUUCAUUGCCUGGUUGUAUAAUGAGAGCCCAGUUAAGGACACAGUUGUAGUAAAUGAUCGCUGGGGAAAAGGAGAUGUUGGCAAGCAUGGUGACUACUACACCUAUUCUGAUCGAUACAACCCAGGAGUGCUUCAGCCACAUAAAUGGGAGAACUGUAUGACAAUUGACAAACAAUCUUGGGGCUUUCGCAGAAAUGCCAGGCUAUCAGACUACCUUACAAUGGAAGAACUAGUGCAGACACUGGCUCAGACCGUCAGCUGUGGAGGGAAUCUACUGAUGAAUAUUGGCCCCACUAAGGAUGGGAUCAUUGCCCCAAUUUAUGAAGAACGACUCAGAGGGAUGGGUGCCUGGCUUAAGAUCAAUGGAGAGGCCAUCUAUUCUACCAAACCAUGGACUUACCAAAAUGACACUUUUGCUUCUGGAGUGUGGUAUACAAAGCGUGGCAGUGAUGUUGUUACUACUACUGUGUAUGCAAUUACACUGAACUGGCCCAAGAAUGGCAUCCUCAAACUGGCAGCUCCACGGUUGGUACAGAAUUCCACUGUCACACUUCUGGGACAUGGUCAAGAUUUACAGUGGUUAUCCAGAGAUGGUAUCCAGAUAUGGCUCCCCAACAAAGCCAAAAUUACAAGUGAAUGGGCUUGGGUGAUCAAGAUGACCAAAGUGACAAACUGAGGCUUUGAGUAUCAGAAAGCCACAAAUAACAGACAUCAAGUUCAGACCAAAUUCAAUAAUAUGAUCUUAUUAACUCUAUUAUACUUGCAGUGUUUGCAGAUGUAUGUACCUAUUUUACAUAACUGUGUAGUAUGAUCAUCUAAAUGUAUGGUUCUGCCAGUGAACUAAACUGUUGGACUGCUGCAGGCAAUGGUUGCAGUGUCACAUGUAAUAGGCCAAGGUGUUUUUUCUAUUGCAGUAAUCAUGUGGGUUAUGAACAUCUGAAAAUGGUAGCACUUUAUGUUUUAAGGAAACAGUGACAGGAUAUCAUUUAUACAUUCCACAAUAGGAACAGCCUAGAAAGGAGAAUAUAUAUUUUUCAGAAGAGGCAGGAAUGACAACACCAACAUCUAACAAGGCACCUUCCAACUUCCUAUUGCGUGGAGUUUUAGUUCCACAGACACAGCAUUGCUGCAACGUAAGUCACAUAUGUGCCUUCAAUUUUUGUACAUAUUUUAGCCACCACACAGUAACAUUCAUAUCAUCCUCGUUGCCACUCCCGUCCUCGUCCACCGCCACCGCCACCGCCACCGCCACCGCCACCGCCACCAUUGUCGUAGCUCCUGAUGGUGUUUUUAACAUUUUACUUCUACAUUAAAUAUGUCAGAUAUAAUCUCCAACUUUCGCACUGCUGCUCUGUUUAAAUUGUCAACAUAUAAGCAAAAUUUCAUACAUAACAUGUGGAUACAUUUAUAUUUCACGUGCUUAGCUCCAUAAGGUCAUUACCAAACCAAAACGUUUCACACAGCUGUCAUGUUGAUAUUUUCCAUUCAACAAAAAACUGCUGAAUUUUUUUCUAAGAUAUACCAUUUCAGGAUUCUAAAUUAAGUAAUGCUAGUGUUGCUAUCACCUACUAUUUCACAUGUCCAUCACCUCGUUAUUAAUGCUUCUAGGAUUUUAAGAAAUGAAACAGUGUGACCUCCAGUAUUGUUAACGUUCACAUCAAAUGGUUCAAAAGUUGAAAGAGGGACACACAAACAACACGGAGAUCUCAUAUGACCAAGAAAGGACAAAAAGCUGAAACAUAUCACUACAUAAACAUCUUCUUCUGAAUCCAUUUUGUUCUUCAUAUUAUUUAUUUUCUAAACACUUAAUAUCAGAUACACAUUCCACCAGUCCCUGUUACUCAUUUGUGGAAUGAAGACUAAACAUGCAUAUCACAAGGAUAUAAUACGCGGCUAUGUUGGACAUUGACUGGUUCCAGGAGUAGUUGUUGUAGUGAGUGCAUGAGCCAUGAGAAUAAGCAGGGACCACAGUAAUGGACCUAGGCAUACUGAAAUGCUAUUAUAGCAUUGACUGCAUCUGACACUGCAGCCACUGUUUUACCACAUGCCUUAAACAAGUGAUUCUAAAACAAAUUACAUGGCAAACCGGGAAAAUAUCUAAAUUCUCUACAUGGCUAAAAUUGUAUAAGUACACGCGCACACGCACACACACACGUUAAAUGUUUAAAUAAACAUUAUGUUUAUGCUACUAAUACACACUAUGUGUAGACAGCCUGCAUGGCAUAGCAUUUGUAGUAAACAGUCACCUUCUCCCAACAGUUUUAAGAAUAAUAAUAAAAAAAACUUUGGUAGCAAGUUUAGCAAGACACUAAAAGUUUGAUGCAGAUGGAUGCCAGUCUGCAAAGCAAAAUCUGAGAAACAGUGCCUUAAACAAAUAAAUAUCCUGCAGUGACUUUCACGUAUCUUUCGGAAGGCAUUAUGCUCAAAACAGUUAUUAGAUGGCUCAAAAACUACACAAGAUUAUUUCCAGCCACCUACUGUGGUAAAUAUUCUAACUCUAUCAGAUAUUUCAUGUAACAUGUAAUCAUCAUUAUGUAAGUGUUACUGUCUUGUCUACUGAUAUUCAGAAUUUUGUGUAACAUUUCUUGACAAAGAGAACUGUUAAUAAAAAUCAGUAAGUAUAGCAUCAUUAGCAAUCAAGACAAGUUUAUUUUCUGUAAUUAUAACUACACAAAUUUGUCAAUACAAUCCCUGUUCUCAGUGCUUCACUUGAUGAGGGUGGGAGAUGACACGUCUGAGAUUUAUCAUACAUUUUUUACUAAUGCAACUAUUAUCAGUUCAAUCUGCCCACAUGCCCUGUUUGUAAGAACAUUACAUUCUAUAUGAGGGAAAGUAAUAAGAAAUUUAUUUUCACAAUGAUGGCUGCACUGAUCAUCUAGUAUUCAGUUUAUUUUUCAGUGUUCUCAAUUUAUCUCCAAGUUUAAAAAAUUAGUUUUGUUUUGCUUUCUUAGAUAUAGCAAAAAAAAAAA